AUGUUCGCGUCCGCGACGACGACCAAGCUCACGAACGCGUUCGCCACCGGGAGCGAUCUCGGGGCGAAGUUCCGCGCCGCGUGCGCGGUGACGACGCGACCGGAAACGGUGAAGCGAUCGGGGAUGACCAUCGAGAACCUCCACGGGAUGUCCGGCCGCAAGUGCAUGCUCACGGGGAAGAAGGCGAACAAUGGCCGCACGAUUUCUUUCUCGCACAUCCGUAACAAGACUUUGCAGCAAGUCAACCUGCAGUACAAGCGCGUGUACUGGCCGGAGCAAAAGCGUUACGUGCGCCUUCGCAUCUCCACGAACGCCAUCAAGACGCUCAACAAGCUCGGGCUCGAGGAGAUGGCGAAGCGGGCUGGGCUUGACUUGAUGUCAUUGCCGUACAUCGAUGCGGAUCCGGCGCGCAAGGAGUGGCAGGCUGAGAACGGUGCGGCACCGACUAAGCAGAACAAGCGAGCGCCGAAGGGUCCGAAGCCGCUUUACAUCCCGAAGUGGAAGGAGGCUCAGUUGGCGAAGAUGGAUGCGGCGGCGGCGACUGCCGAAAAGAAGCGUUUCGCUGAGGCGAACAACAUGGUUGUCGCGUAA